AAAAUAUGGUCUAUAUCGAGUAUUUAAUAUUGACUUAAAUGAAAAACCUAUUCAAUCGGUUCCUAUACCAUCACCAUUGACAUCUCAAUUAAAAGAAUCAAAAAAGAAAAUAAUUGAAAAACAAGAACAAUUAUCAACAUCGAAACCUAAACACAAACGAGAACAUAGUGGUGAUAAAGAAUUAUUAUCACCAGCUGAUGAAGAAGAAAAUCGUUCAACUUCUUCUACACCUUCUCUUGGUCCUCCUGUUACUGCAGGGAAAACCAAAGUAAAAAAUCAUCAUCAAAAACAACAACAAUAG